AACGUGUAAUUUACUUUCCGACAUAUUUUUGGUGCAUUAGGCGCUUUCCAACGCGACGUGGAAAAAAUGGAUCUCCGCUGGCAGUCCCUUGGUUUAGCAGUGGCAGUCGGGUUGUUUAUGUCCUUGCAGCAUGCUAGUGGUUCUCCAUUUUUCGGAGUGCCUGUUAAGGGAGGUUUCCAAGCGGAAGCCGAUAUAGCAGUGUCCGCUCGUGCUGUCGGGGUGGUAAUACUAGCAUCCCAGCAAUCGAUGGUAACCUUUGCAUCAAAACUACCCUUAAGUACCGCUGUCCAAAACGCUACUGCUAGUGCCGCUCUUCAGAUGUACAACAUGGUCGUAGCGAAUGUAGCGACGUUCACCGAUCGUAUUAGCUGGGCGGCGAUCAACACCACCAACUCACCAGCCGAAGUUUUCCAAUCGUUGGAGACUGCUUACAACAAAGCUAGUACUAUUUUGCAACAAGAAUCACCAGCCGCCAUUGCAUCCAUCACCUCGUACUCUUCCGCCAAUGGGGCACUGCUUGGAAAAUCUGUAGAGAACAUUUUGCUCAUCUUGGCCGAAAUUUCUAGAACUCUGUCUACGUUUAGCCGUGCCAUCGAUACAUUCCCAAGGCCAAUUACGGCAAAGGAAAUAUUUGAAAAGCUGACAAAGUCCCAAAUCGCAACCUUAGUCGGUGCACUAGAUGCACUUAAGAUCGAGAUGACGAUAUUCGUCGGAAAGCUCAAGGAAACGGUAACGACAUUGACCGACUCCGACACACUCAUGGCUUCCUACAUCACUAUGAUGUCCGAUACAUUUUCUAAUGUCGAUUUUAGCCUAUCAAGCCUGUACUCCCGAUUGAGUGCUCUAUCGCUUGAUUUCGAGAAACAGUUCCGUGCCUCAGAUACUACCGUUUCCAGUAGCGUGCAAGCAUUUAAUGCAAGGAUCAAAACUUUCAAAGAAGACAUUAUUUUCCCCAGUUCUGAAAUGAUCAUAGCGAUCACCAGGGUAUUCAGUGAGAAAUAUAGUGAAGGCUACACGAUUAUCAAACCAAACGUCGAGGAAAAGUUGCAACUGCUGAUCAACACUGCUAGCGAUACGGUGCUGAAUGCAGCUCAGAAUCUACUGUUUACCACCUAUCGCGUCCUGGACAAUACAAUGCGUCGCAUUCCGAACGUUCCUUCAAAGGGAAAAUCUUGCGCAACUGAAUUUAUCAACCCCUACGUCCAGUACCUGUCCUCCAACAUGGCUUCAUCGCUUGGCGGUUGCAUCUCUUCAACGAUCGCCCAGGUGGAAGCAGUUCUCCGAGCGCAAAUGCUAGCGAUCGAUGCACUGGUGAAGGAUCGGUUAGCUUACAUCAAGAUGAGAAAUGAUGCCAUAAACGGACUCAGCAAUACCAGCGAUUUUGUGACAAGACGUAUUGCAGUUGCGAAGCUAACUGCGCAAACAUCCAAUCAAUCGCAGGAUACCCUUCAACCGGCACUUGCCAGCAUAUUUUCAUUUUACGCACAACUGGUUUCGGAUCUCGAUGCUGUACUUAAUCGUUCCAAACUAUGUGUCACGCUAAAAAGUGCAGAACUGUCAGCUCAGUUGAUUACGGCUUCAACAAACUUCAACACCUGUAUAGAUAGUUGAGGCUGCGAUGUAGUAUCACUACUGGGUGUUUAUUUCUUUUAUUCGAUGCGUUAAUACUUAGUUAACAAUUUCAACUCUUACUAGAUACUGUGAAGAUCACACAGCGAAUAAAUAAACUAACAUUCGAUACAAAUAAACACAACCGAAAAGGGAAAACGGAUACGGAAAGAACUCCGUAGAUUCCCAUUCCACUGGUCUAACUUUUGCGCAUUGAACGAAAAUUAGCUGGAGAUAAAAUAAAUAGCACAUAAAACCCCCAUUGGUAGUGGUAAGCGGUCGAAUCAGGUCUAUUGGUACCAAUUUGGUCUAAUACCUCGAUAAGCCUGCCAGCCUUAGUGAUAACGAGAACGUGAACAGAUAAGACGAAUGUUUGAUCCAUAGCGUAGUGUGGUGCGUUGGUGGUUUUUGGGGAGUUUGGAUGGGUUUUCAUCCAUUAACUCACAUUACGGUUACCCUAUUCUCCCCUAUCCGCUCCAUCAUGUUCACGGACAAUGACUAUCAAGAUCUACUGAAACAAAUAGCCAGAAAAAAACGCAAUAAAACACCAUCCAUUGAUCAAAAAAUGGGUUAUUUUUUCUUGUUGAAAACUGCCAAACACGUCGACAGAAUGCGACCCACGAAGGGUGUAUGUAAUCAAGUUCCUACACACCACGUACAGGUCAGGGCCCAGGUGUCUCUAUCAGAUUCUGACCCAACCACUGGACUCUAUCGGUCACCAUCAACAUGUUUCUUGUUUCCUGCUAUUUCGCUGUCCGUUCUCGAUCGAUAACGCGAGAUUGUGGUGGACAUGGUUUGUUUUUGAACAAUGUUCACCAUUGGCUUGCGGUCUGCUACGUGUCCAUCGGGGGGUAGCAAAAGAAAUCUGCAUUGAUAUUUUUUAAAUUUCCUUCUUACGUCGUGGCUUGCAAGCAAAUUCGAAAAUUGUACUCUCGUUCACUCGUUUUUCCGGAUCCAUCAGCAUGCAUUAGCGCUGGUGCUCCAAUUGGUCACUCAAGUGGUGUACCUCCUUCAAAACGAACCAAACAACAGCAAACAUAGAGACCUCGCCGUAGACCCAAUGUGACAUGUGCAGCGUGAGCACACGGGACUAAACAACAAAAUGUCCACGGUUGUGCGCGGUUACGAGAAGAAGUAUAAAUAAUAAUAAGGCACGCUCGUCGUAACGCCUGAGGAUGCCACGACCGGCGACAAUGACACGAAAUGGCGAAAAUUUUAGUUACGCAAGCACACUACACUUGCAGAGAUUCACUUUGACUAGAACGAAAAACCACAAACAACCACCGCGAAGACGUCAACCAGUGCUGGCGACAACAACAUGAAUGCGGUCCAUCCGUCCAUCCGUGUCCGUGUAUUAGAACAAAUUGUGGCAGAAAAUUGCAAAACGCUAAUUGUUGUGUUCCGUUGCUUUCUGUUACUUUUUGCACUUUCUGCUGUGGACUAUGGAUGUAAUGAUUCGUGCGACUUUGGCUUCUAUUUAUGAAACGUUCACUUUCGUCAUAUAGUUUCGUGUCCGAAUAAGUCGAACGUGUUAGAUGCGACUAUCGCAAGUCAUCGGGUUUUGCAGAUUACAAUGAUUUACAGUCAAUUUGUAACAUUUUUAUAGCCCAAAAAAAAUCCAAAUGGGUUUCCGAACAUUUAAUUCCUCUUCUGUGGGAUGUGUUACGGGGAAACUAAGCGUUAUGCUUGUUCUACCGAACUUCCACGAUAAAGAAAGCAUUAUUUAUUCGAUCGGUCUUCUGACCACAAGUGUGGGCCGAAUGUAGCUCAAUGCACGUGUUAGCUCGCAGACAAGAACAUCCUGCUUACAUUUGAAUAACCACCAACGUGGAGAAAUGAGGAAAAACAUACACAUCGAACCAAAGCAUCGCAAUUGAAAAACGGUGUUUCGUCUGUCAAAACACCGUACUACCGGACCCGUGUGUAAGCACAACAUCAAACAAUCUAUAAUUAUGGCAUGAAGCGAACACUAAGUCAUUUUACCCCUAGAUAAACCAAAUGCCACCACAUCAUCACCAUCCUUUUGUUGUUGUGUUGUUGUAUGGUAGUGUAUUGGGGAAAAAAAUCCUCCUAUCCGCAUGGCGUGGCUCUACCGUAGUUUGUUGUGUGCGGUGCUGAUGGUCACAGUCUGCGGUCGUCCACGAACCAAUUGCCGAUGGUUGUCCUAGCCCGCACUCGAUGCAUCUUCGAUGUGUGGCAGGCACUACGAUAAUUUGUCGCUAUCUGUGCCACAUUCAACCAUCCACACUCCGUCCAUCGAACCAUGGACACGUGGACGUCGUGGUCGACGUGGACGACCGCCGUGUGUUGGCAGGGUUUCCCCCAUUUCAUAUUUGCACGUAGAAUGCCAGGACAGCGAGUAAAUGAUGUAGAGAGAAAAAAGAACUUUAAACUUUUAUAUCUUCUUGCUAAGUCGAUGAGCAUUGGUUUGUAGAGACUUGUCAAGAAGCAGACUACAACACACAGACACCUAAAUGGAUGUCGAAUCCAGGCAACAAGAUAGUAAAACAACAUAAAAAACAACGACACGAUCCAACGAGACAUGG